UGUAGCUCAGGUUGUAGGUACCGUCUGCCCUUCUUACAUGCACAAUUCCUAUAGACCUCAACAUGCUGGGCCCUCCCUCUUCCCAUCAUCUAGAGCAUUCCGAAGGAAGGCGCACGCGUCGAGAUCCCCCGAGAUAAUCAGGCGAAAAAUUUUCUCUUCCUCAAGGUCUUCCAGGAGAAUGUCAGUAUUAUUACAAUAGUAGUAGCAUCACCUAUCUCGCCUCUCCUCUCCCGCAUGCGCCUACUACUACACAUCCAUCCCGGUGACAUUUUGGGUCUAGCACGACAGUUAUACUGAAUCAGCCCGUUACUAACGAUGCCUCCACCCUUAUAUAGUAGCGACCGGCGGCCCUAUCCGGCGCGCGUUGAUGAAGACGACGUCAGGGGUCUGGCACAAUACCGCUGUCAGGGAGGCGUUGUGAGAAAAGGCACCCUCGUUGAGAUUGCCCGCAGGCCGCGGGGAAACGGCCAGUUCCUGGGUUUCGCCGAUUUCCUUCAUGUCGCCCUUGUGUAUCGUCAUGAAGAUGGCCGCAUUAUGCUUUGCGGAGUCCCCUUUGCCCGUACCCGGCAUACCGAGGGUCUUCUCCCGUUCAAGAGAAACGAAGUUUAUGCCAUCCUAGAAAGCACCGAGGACGACGACAGAGCCAUCGAGGUACAGGCCGCGAUCAAAGUGCCCGCCGACGAUAUUAUCAAGAUCCGCGCCUUCCAGAUAACCAACGCCACGUAUCCCGAGCAUCGUUGCAGAGAGGAGCAGGACGCCGAGAACCGAGGCGUCCUCACCCAACGAUGGAAAAUAAUCACCUCGUAUAAAAACGAGGAAGACAGGCGCCACGGAAAGAUAAGCAGCCGCCAGAUCGUCCGUGUCCGGGAGGACGAAGCACAGGAAAGCCUACGCAUACCGAGUGAGGCUCUUAUAAAUCGGUGGCGCGGAGGCCGCGCACGAGGCGGCUCGUAUAUUGGGGGGCAGCUCCGUCAAACGGCGAUCAUAUUAGAUGACGAAAACCGGCUGGAAGAGACAGAAGAGGAAGGCCGGGGGGGGUUAACGUAUUCCUUCGCCGAUAGUAAGUGAUUUUAUGCCGUCUCUGAUCGGCUCCCUUUCCUAUUCGUAUUCGUCUCGCUCCCCGUAGAGAUACCCGCUAACCUUACCCCUUAGUGUUCUGCGGCGCGGGUGGUGCUUCCGUCGGGGCCCGGGCAGCCGGUUUUCAGCCAGUCCUUGCCUGCGAUCUAUGGGCGAGCGCCUGCGCCACUUACCGGCUAAAUUUCGCCAAUGUAGACGUACGAGAGAUGGAGGUAUUUGACUUUAUCGUCGAUAGAGGCCCGGCGUCCUUACCGCCCAUCGACAUCUUACACGUGUCGCCGCCGUGUCAAGUGUGGAGCCCGGCGCAUACGCGAGUCGGACGAGACGACGACGCAAACCUCGCCGCGCUCUUCGCGACGGCGCAGAUCCUGCGCGCGUUGCGGCCGCGCUUCGCUACAGCCGAGCAGACCUUCGGCAUCCACCACGCUCGCUUCCGGGCGUAUUUCCACGCAUUUAUAGCCGCCUUCACUGCUCUCGACUAU